GUCACCAUUUAAGGUGAUUGGCAGCCAGAAAUUUGGUCCACAUACAAAUGACCUUGUGGAAAAGGAUAAUAGAAACAUACACACACCCACACUUCAUCAUCUGAGUUUGGCAAUAUAAAAAGAAGAAAAACCGGGAAUUUUUUCACAAUAUUAAUUAUUGUCAGCUUUAACUAUUUUUAGAUUUUGUUAAUAUAAUGUCAUUUUUUAUACGCAUUUCAAGACCUGAUUCUGCUUCACCUUGGGGAUUCUGUAUUCGAGGGGGAAGAGAUUUUGAUCAACCACUUAUUAUAUCUUCUGUGAGUCUUGGAAGUCUGGCAGAUAUCAGUGGCUUACGUACUGGAAUGCGCGUUUUAUCUAUUGGCGGUGAUCCUACUAGCAAAAUGACUCACCAACAAGCUAUUCAAGCAAUUAUACGUUGCUGCAAUGAUCUGGAAAUGGAGGUCUAUGAUACUGGUUUAAAUAAUUCUGGCUAUUCUACACCACUUCAUCAAAUGAACAUGUCUAUAACACAAUCAUCACUAAGUAUUGAACUUCAUAAACCAACAGAACCACUAAAACCGCAAACAGUUAUAUCUAAACUUGUUCAUAUUGGUACAAAUCCAAUAAUAACUCGUUCUCAUUCACCUAAUGGAAUAACAAUAAGAUCAUACAGUCCAAACUCAACUACACUACAUAAUCGGAUAUUGGCUGAAAAACUAGAUUCAAAUCGUACAUCACCAAUUUACACACCACAAAAUAAUAUAAGUUUAAAGUCAUGUUAUUCAUCAUCAUAUAAUCUGUGUAAAUAUAGUACGAUGAAUCAACCACAGCCUAAUAUCAAAAUUAACGCAAAACCAGAUAAUUCUUUACUAAAAGGAGUGAUACGUUCAAAAGAUUUUAAAAUUAAUCCUAUAUGUCAUGUAUGUCAACAACAAAUACACGGACCAUUUAUCGAUACGAAUGACAGAUGCUUUUGUCCAAAUCAUUUCAUAUGUGAUUAUUGUCAUCGACCACUAAACGAAGAUGGUUUUGCUGAACAGAAUGGAAAAUUAUACUGUGAAGAAGAUUUUAAACAAUAUAUUGCUUAUAAAUGCACCAAGUGUAAUUUACCAAUUAUUGGUCAUAUUAUCAAAGCAAUAAAUCGAACAUGGCAUCCAUAUUGUUUCAUUUGUUAUUACUGUCAAAAACCAUUAGAUGAUAUAUUUCAUGUAGAAGAUGAUAAUCGUGUAUUAUGUGAAGAACAUUGGAAACAAUUUCAUGAGAUCGAAUGUGCGAAGUGUAAACAAUCCAUUUCAGAGAUCGACCGUUUUAUUCAAGCUUGUGGAAAACAAUAUCAUGCAAGAUGUUUUAGUUGUGCUGCAUGUCAAAAACCCCUUGAAGGUAAACCAUUUCAUACUAGAAAUCAAAAACCUUUCUGUCUCAUACAUGCGAAUGCAGUCGCACUAUUUGGUUGAAUAAAUAAUCUUAAUAAUUUUAAAGAAUUGAAUGACGGUGACCUGCGUUAUCUACCGUUCAAUGUUGGUUUUCCCAGAAGUAUUUUAAUUGUAUUGAAAAUGGAAUUAGAUGGUUGUUAUAUCACGCUAGUCAGGAAAAUCAGCAUAUAUUUGUGUACUGUCCUUUGAAAUGGUUGAAUCCUUUAGUUUUUCUUGAGAAAAUUUAGAAAAUUGACCCUUAUAUUUUUGCACAAACACUGAUAUAUUGAUGACUGUCCAUCGUUUCAACCCAAUUAUCCAACUUUUGUGUGAAAUUUAUAAAAUAAGUUUCAGAUUAGCUUACCUUUCAUAUAGAAAUAACAUGAUUAGUAUUUUUAGUAUGCAUUUUGAAUAUUUUUAGUAAAAGUAAAACAAUUUGUCAUGAUUUCGUUUCAUUUUUAUAGUAUCAGUAAAUAAGUAGUAUUCAGUUAUCUAGGAUAUCAUUUAUUUUAAUAAAAUUAGAUAUUUUCUUGUCAUUGAUUACGAAAAUCCAAGAAAUGCCUGAAAUGCAGUCAGAUUCGGAUGAUCGGCCUAAAUGUUAUCUGUGUCAUGUACUACUUUCUAAAUAAACAAUCAAGUUGCUAAUA